AUGACUAGAAUAUUUCAUCUACUCAGCCGAUCUGGUGACGUCACGCCAAUUGCGCGAUCGAGUGAAGACAUCGGAUCACUAAGUCCACCCAGCACAGCAAGGGAUAACGUAAGUGUUACAGGAUCGGAAACGUCAGAAACUUACACAUACGAACCUACUGCGAGGUUGGAAAUGUUACUCGAUCUUGGCCAAUAUGCCUCAAGUUUUUCCAUUGCUGACCUACCCGACUCGUGUGUUUCACUCUGUGAGCAAAUGCUGGCCCAAGGAAAUGUAUCAUAUCGCUUGUCUUAUGAGUUUCAACUGGACAUGCUCACAUUGCGAGUGAACGCGAUCAAAGAGAGCCAUCCGGUGCAGUAUAACAGGAGCGAAUACAUUGAGGUACAUCGCAAAUUUGCUCAAAUUUGCUACCAGCGGUUGUGUGAAGCAAUGAAGAACGGCGUUUCUAACGAGGCAGCGCAUGUCGGUUGUGUUACACUGUGGAAUCUCUGUCUUCCGCUCAUGAAUAAACCAAAACAAUCAGAUGGCAUACUACUCAAAAGUUUGCAACUCAUUUCCGACACUCUGGAUAAAAGUAAAAGUCUGCAUUAUCGUCUCCACUGUCAAACACACUGGGUGCUGGCUCAGUGUUUGGCCGAGGUCGAGCGCACUCCACAGGCCCUCAUGCAUUUAGAGAAGUCUCUCAAAUACGACGAACGUAGUGAAUUUACUGAAGGCAUUGUUCAUCUGUACAAUCGUCUGCAACUUCGGGCAAAUUUAUACGGCACACAGACUAGGGCAGAGGACACAGUUGGUCAAAUACUGGAGCAUCUCCGUUGUGUAGAAUUGUCAGAUUUUCGCGCAUCUAAGUUCCACCAACUAUUCCAGCUGGCGUUUGGGGCCGGUGCGGUGAAAUUGUCGGAGAUCACGAGUGCUCAAGACUGCGUGCGCAGCAUACUGAUAAAGGCGGGGGAACUGCUCGCUCCCAACCGCUUCAGCCACGCCGUUGAAAUGGAGCGAAGCUUGGUUGCCUCCAUAUCGGACACCACGCCCAGACAGGGUGGAUCCGGUAGGAAGACCAAUCAAGACGAUCUGUUGAGUAAAAUUAUACUCAACCAGGAGUCUGUUCACCGCUUGGCUUCGAGAGCUGACACUUGGAAAGAACUUGCAGCCAUGUUUGUACAUCCACCACCACAACCAGAAAGAGCAAACGGAGAGGUAGACGUCGGAUAUAACGUAAAAGAAAGAGUCUUAUUGUGGAAAGAUUUGGCCGACGCUGCCCGAAGAUUUCAGCUGUGGGACGUUUGCAGACUGUCUUGUCGUUUUGGUCUUGAAUAUCAUCAGGAGGAUCGUUGGUCUGCAGUAUUUGCAAAAAUGGAGCGAGGAAAGUCUGUCAAAACGAAAGAGUCUUUGGGAGCACCGAAAGCUGUGUCCAAAGAGGAGACACAAGCCACUAAUACACCCGAAAUUCCCUUUUCCCUGCACUCAGUGAUAACUAAGCUGCGCGCAUCAGUCACCGAGACAACGAGUUCCUACGCGGACAUAGCUCAGGCCCUCCGAGAGAACCUCACUGCGUCACCUACGUUAACUAAUCUCGAACUAACGGUACUUCGGGCAUUGGUUGAGAUCAAUUGCCUUUACGCCGAGGCCUUGUGUGUACUACUUCGCGAACAACCUGUGAGAACGCAUUUAGGCAGAUCGGCCGAGCAAAUUAUUCACGAUCUUCUUAAAUCGAGGAACAUCGAGUCCUUAAGAAACAAUAUUGCCUCCGAGGAUGAAGAUGAAGCAAAUAAACGACAGCUGGAGCCCGACCACUCUUCGAUCACUAAACACCUUCGGAUUUACAGCGACUGGUUAUACCAAAUAUCCGAAACGGCGUUGGAAAAUUUUCGGAGAAGUGUACAAUCAGCAACGAAACUGAAGGACGUGGGAUUGUUACGGGCCUGUGUCGUUUGUUUAUGGAAUCACAGUUUGCCCGCAGUGUACAGCUCCGACCAUCGCCAGCUAGUCACUACGUUCCAGAAUGCAUUAGAAUGUGACGAAAACUUAGGCUACACCGCCUUACCAAUCGCCGUGCGCGUUGAGCUUACUGUGGUUACUGCCAAUGGCCUAAUUCAACCUUGGUUACCUGAUGGCCACUUGAAGUCGGUAUUGCAGUCCACAUCCAAAAAACCCGGAGUUUCUGAAACUAAAACCACCAAAGUUGUUAAAGUUCCUCGCAUUGGAGCUGGAAAAAGAUCAAAGUUUAUGGUCCCCGCUGAAGGACAACUGGCAGUAAAGAAUGCGGCCGAAUUAUUGCUGAAGACAGCGCGACAAGUGGAGAUUGCUUCCGGCCAAUGUUAUCCUUUGACGGUACAGCCCCAAUCUGAAUUUCAUGUGAUGCGAAAGCCUCCUGAGCGACUAUCACUUGACGCAUUGUUUAGGUUGAUCCACAUUUGGCUUAGAACUCGACAACUUAAUCCUGAUGCGUCAACCUACCGUGGCAUCUUUCCUGGUGAUGCAACAGUUGAACCUCUCGUGGAAGAGAGACAAAACGUGACCAUAUCGCCCGACAAAGAGCAAGUUGCAGACGUAAAGACAGUAUACAGCUACAGUUCAGUUGUUCGGGCCUUGUUGGCAACUCAAGCUAUGUGGAUUUCGAAUCGUACCUCCAUUCUGAGCGCUUGGAAUAAUACGAUGACGAGUUUGUCCAAUGGUUCCCAACCUGUUAGCGCAGUUCCAAUUUUCAUGGUAGAGCAGUCCGGGCCUGAACCAGCAGGGUUUAGAGAUGCACCAAGUAUUUCUGAGGCCGUGGGUCUGAUGAAAGCUGCCUUCUGCACAACAGAGCCUGAAGAUAUUUCCCAAGUAAAUCAGGAAUAUGGGAGUUUGCAACCUACUCCCACGCAAGAUGACCGCCUAGUUGAGUUGCAACACUGGAAUAUGCUGUCCCAGAUUGCUGUUGCUACUGAGCAAUACACUGCAGCCCUGGAGAUCUCAGAAUACGCAAAAGUGGAAGAAGAAUACCAUAAAGGAGUUCGUACCAGAUUUGACUAUUGGAUUGCGCGAUUGCUCGAUUCACGUGGACUUGCUAUAAUGGGGUUGGCAAAACAGCAUCGCGAACAGAAGCGUACUGCUGCCCUGGCUUCUUCAAGGAAAGCACACACUACAGAAUUGACUGAGUUGGAUCCCAUCAGAAGAUUGGACCACGAUAGUGAACUAUUUAUUGCUGCGGGAAAAACCUUGGAUGCGAGUUUCUUUGCUGCAGCAGAGGAAGCGUUUCUCAAAGCAGUAGAGAUCGGUGUCCGUGCGUCUCGAUACAACCUCAUCCUCAUAUCCGCCAUUCACUACUGGAACGCCUGUACAUGUACGGAUAUUUCUACAGUGUCUAGCGCAGAGCAAAUGCUACUAAAGUUUCCCGUUAUUCGGAAGCGAUGCGGACAGAUCCUACAGUGGCUUGUAAAUGCCGUUGACUCUGAUUCUCGGUCUAGGCUUCAUGCCGAACUUCGGUCACAUGGGCAUCCAGAUGAAGAACAAGUAGCGAAUCCGAACGGUACCACAGCGACACAUGAACUCAAGGGUGAGACCAUGUAA